GCGCGGCGAGCGUUCCUUGCUGGGCUUCCCGGGGCCGCCAUUAUGAGUUUUUGUGUGGCUGUGUGCAUCUCUGUGUGAGCGAGGUGUAUCAGUAUGUGCGAGUGAAUGACUGUGGGGAGGAAGGAGGGGGAGAGGAGAGGAUGAACGAGGCCGGGAGCCUUGCUCUUCUCUCAGCCAGGAGCCUGAGGCCUAGCCCCCCUCUCUAUGAGGCACAGGGGGAAGAGGCAGCCGACCCCAUUGCUAUAUCUGAGCGUUUGAAGGGAGGGGGGUGGGCUUGAAGGGCCUCCUUAUGUGGGGGGAGAGACUGCUGGGCAGCUCAGAGCCCCCUUGAAGAGAGGGACAGGAGGGGGGCACCAGGCACCCCCUCUUUGCAAUUGGGGAGGGCUUAAAGGCCCCCCCACCCCAUUAAACAGACAAGUUUUGAGGAUUGUAGGCUAAAUAUCACCCCCUUUAUUGCUUUGGAAAAGCAGGGAAGGUUGAAAGACUACUAGUAAAGGAGAGUGGGCUCUUUAUAACCAAAGCCAGAGACAUCCUUGCUGUCCUGAAACCAACACUUAAUCUUAUAUAUUAUUGGAGGGCAUGUUUUGCAGGAUCAAGCCCACCGCCUUUCCUGCUGCAGAACGAAUGGAGAUGGAGUUUUGAGCCCGAAGCCCAAGAAGAAGGGGAGUCUUCCUUCUCUCCCUUCUGAUCCCACUUCCUCUAAGCCCAAGGAGUGGAUUUAGGGGACACCUCCCCCCUCAUUGAACAGGCAAGGUUUCAGGUCGUAAGGGGACUACCUCCCCUUUCGUUGUUUCAGGAAAGCUAGGACAGUUUGGAAGAUUGUGAGCUUUAGUUUGGGUCCAAAGCAAGGUAUAUUCCUGUUUUGCUAAAACAAAAAACAAAGUCAUUUAAAAUAUAGGUAUACUUGGGGGCUGCAUGUGUUCCAGGAUCAAGCCCACCACCCUGCCUGCUGCAAAGUGAGUUUUGAGUAACAAGCUAAGCAGAAGGGAAGCCCCCUCCCACCACUACUACCACCACCACCACUUCCUUCCAGCCAAGAAGAGGGCAAGCCCCCCCCCCCCUUCUUCCUUUUCUCCCCACUUCUUCUUCCACCUUCUCUUAAGCUCAAGGAGUGGGCUUCCAGAGGGGAGUGGUCUGCCUGCAUUUGAAAAAAGGGGAGGGUGGGUGUUUGGGCAACUGAGGCAAACCUCAGUGGUGGGCAGCAGAGGAGGAGGAGUCAGGAGGAAGCAAGGAGGGUUUUGGGGAGGGGGUCUGGAGUUUGCGUGCAGGCAAUACCAAAGCUCUUUCCCCAAAUUUAGAGGACCCUGAGUAGAUGUGGGGGUCCAGAUUGCCCUUCUGUGUGUCUCUCUCUGUGUGUUUUAAUGUCCUGUGGAGCUGAAAAGGGGAGGGAGGGUGCCUUCUCGCACAUCACCCCCCUUGUUUUCUCCCAAGGGCAAGGAAGGGAACAGUGGAGGGUACAGCAGGAGAGGGGCUGAGGUGUGUGUGUGUUGUGGGGGGAAACUGCUGCUAUGCAUCUGUAAGAGAUCGUCUAGCCUCUCAUCCUCCUCUUCUUCUCUCCUCCCCCCCACUUUGGUUUUGUGGGGGGGGACUGAGAAGGAGAGAGAGAUUGGGAGAGAGAGGCGCAUACACAAAUCCUUCAGCAACUGGCAGGAUCUCUUCCACAAGCCCCCCUCCCCAUCAUGACAACAAAUCCAGCCUUAGAAUCGCCAUCCACACCAUGGCCACACAGCAGGCUUCUGAUGGAUGAGGAGGAAUCUUUGGUGCCUGGAUGCGCUUCCCAAAGCCCAGAGAGUAGCUGAAGCGGGACGUAGCCAAUGUCGUCCAGCAAAGGGGCAGGGGCUGGAGCUCGCCGGCGGCGGACGCGGUGCCGGAAGUGUAAAGCUUGUUUGCGAUCAGAGUGUGGGGAGUGCCACUUCUGUAAGGACAUGAAGAAGUUUGGGGGCCCUGGGCGCAUGAAGCAGUCGUGCCUCCAGAGGCAGUGCACAGCGCCAGUUCUACCUCACACGGCUGUGUGCCUGGUGUGUGGGGAGGCCGGGAAAGAGGAUACAGUGGAGAGUGAAGAGGAGAAGUUCAACCUCUCGCUCAUGGAAUGUACCAUCUGCAAUGAGAUUGUGCAUCCAGGCUGUUUGAAGAUGGGGACUGCUGAAGGAGUGAUCAACAACGAGAUUCCAAACUGCUGGGAAUGUCCCAAGUGCAAGAGAGAAGGCAAAUCAAUGAAAGACUCAAGUGAUGGCACAGGGAAGCGGCGCUCUGACAAUGGGGAAGAUGGUGUCCGGUGGAAGCUGACAGAUGAACCCGCUCAGAACAAGAAGAAGUUGGCACCCGCCCCUCCCCUAUCCCAACCGCCCUCUGAGGAGAGUCAGGGUGGAGCCCACAAGCGCAAGAAGGAGAAGGAGCUGCCGCCCCCAGACACGGGACCCAAAAAAAAGUUAAAAGGCGCACGGGAAAAGCAUCUGAAGAAGGCCGCUGAGCAGCCUUCUGAUGGGAACAAGUUGCAGUCCAUGCAGACCUGGAGCCGCAUGGGCAGCGGGGAUUUUGAGGUGAAGGGGUCCAUCUCCCACCCAUCCAUCCAUCUGAGCCAGAUCACGGCUGGUGACUUAGAGAAACCAAAGGUCCCGCCAGGCCCUUUGGAGUCCUCAGUCCAGUCGGACAAGUCCCAUCAGAGGGAGAAGCUGGAGCGCUUCAAGCAGAUGUGCCAGAUGCUGGAGCGGGUGAAAAACAGCAGCAGUUCUAGUUCCAGUUCGGACUCGGACUCUGAUACGGACUCUCGGGGCUCGGAUGGCUCCAGCGGAGGGGUGUCGAGCCGAGCGGCCUCUCCAGCCACCCGUUCCCAGCGCCUGGCUGCCUUGGGCUUCAGCGCCAGUGAGGAAGAUGAGGAAGACGAAGAGGAUGAAGAAGAGGGCGGGAGGCGCAAUGGUGGCUCGGAGACGGCACGGAAUGGCAAGCAGCCCAAAGCUCGGGGGAACUCUCAGGAGAAGGAGAACAAUCAUCGUCCGUCCAGCCGGGGGAGCGAGCGGGCUAAGCAGCAGGCGGGCGGGCGCAAGACGGGCCGUCCCGCUGGGCAGACGGGGCUCCGCAUGGUGGCCCGGACUCAGUUCCUCAACUGGCCCCUGGUGCCCUCCCCUCCAAAGCCCCUGCUGCAGCUGGAGCGGCAUGUGGUCCGGCCUCCCCCCGACAGCCCUGAACCUGACUCCCUUCCUUUGGACAGCGGCUCCGACCACAUCAUGCAGCGGGACAUUUGGUUGGCAGUCUUCCAAUACCUCAGCUAUCGAGAGCUGUGCGUCUGCAUGAGGGUGUGCCGAACGUGGAGCCGUUGGUGCUGUGACAAGCGGCUUUGGACACACAUUGACCUCAGCCGACGAAAAUCCAUCACUCCCUCCAUGCUGAGUGGCAUCAUCCGCCGGCAACCAGCCAGUCUUGACCUUAGCUGGACCAACAUUUCCAAGAAGCAGCUAAUGUGGCUUCUCAACAGGCUGCAAGGCCUUAAGGAGCUCAUUCUGACCGGCUGCUCUUGGUGCUCUGUAUCGGCGCUUAGCACAGCCAACUUCCCUUCCCUGCGGCUUCUAGAUUUGCGUUGGAUCGAGGACAUCAAGGACUCCCACCUCCGUGAGCUGCUCUUGCCUGCCACAGAUGCUAAGCCAGGCCAGACCGAUAGUCGGGGCCGGCUUCAGAAUGUCUCUGAGCUGCGGCUCUCUGGGCUGGACAUCACAGACUCCUCAUUGCGCUUGGUGAUCCGGCAUACCCCUCAACUUGCCAAACUGGACCUGAGCCACUGCAACCAUGUGGGCGACCAGUCUGUUAACCUGCUGACCGCUGCUAACUCUCCACUCCGAGAGACCCUUGCCGAGCUCAACCUCACCGGAUGUAACCGGCUGACGGAUCAGUGUCUGCCCCUUUUCCGCCGCUGCCCACGCCUUUCCCGCAUUGACCUCCGCUCUUGCCACCAUGUCACCCCUGAGGCCUGUGCCCGCUUUGCUGAGGACUCGGUCACCAACAGGGCCUCGGUCCCCCCUGCCCCUGCCUUGGCACCUCCUUUCCGCUGCCCCGAGGAGAAAUUGCUGCUGAAGGACAGCUAAUACCCGCCUUGGGGUGGAGGCGCGGGGAGACUCUGCCUCACCAAUCAAACAACCGGACACGGACUCUGAGAGAACCUUUUUACUUAAAGCCAUGCACUGAACCGGAGUGGCGUCUCCACCCCCAGCCCCCCUUGAGCGUGCGGCACAAGGGCAAGGAGAUGUGCUCCCCUGACCCAUCGGGCCUGCCGCCGCUGCAGGGCUGGUCGCCUUUUGCUCCAUCGCUUUGUUCCAGGACAGAGCCACGGAGUAAGUGGGGCCCAGGUAGCCUUGUUGCUUUACAAUGCUGGGAAUGGUGUCUUCCUCCCACCAUGCGCUGCGCCGUCUUUUUCUCUCCCCAUCCCUGAAAACAUCAGUCUGGGCUGCAAUGGGUACCACGACUCCCUCGGGAUGGCUGCGGCAAGGUGGGCAGGAGCUUGAAAUGCUGGCUCAGGAGGAAGGCAGCUUAUUGUAUGGUGUUGGAUUAUUAUUUUUCUCAUCCCUUCCUUGAUGCAAAUGUGCACUCCAACUUCAUCCAUUCCCCACCACCGCACAUGCUGCCUUUAUGAUUUUGAAAGUGUGUGUGAGUCUGCCUGUCUGUACGCCUGUCUCACUUUCCUUUCCCUCCAUGUUUUCCCCAAUGUUCACUUUCAGUGUGGCUUUUUAAAAGGUGGUGGUGGGGGCCCAGGCAGCUGAUACUUUGAUUCCUCACCCCGCCUCACUACAUGCCCACUGAAAUGCCGUCCACACCACUGCACAUAUCCCUCUCCCACUGCAGUAUGUACGCUUUGGGUUGCCAUGUACAUAAGGGUUCGGUUCCCUGGAUGCCCCAAAGCCUUGCUCUCUGGAUACAUUCCCCUUUUCCUCACAUCUUUCUACUCCUGUAUCCCACCCAACCUCUUGGCUGAUCUGAAUGUUCAGGUAUCUUGACACAUGUGCCUGACCUGUGCACAAAUUGCGCUCGAUCACCAAAACUGGUAACACGCACACACUGCAAUCCAUAUGUACACUGUCUCUGCUGCUAUAUUGUUUACACAAAAACGUGGUGUGCACGUGGACAUGCGUGCAAAGGCACAUGCAUGAGUGGGCCCUCCAACAGUUGCUCGGCCCUUCGCACUCACCUUUUCACCUCCCAUUUGUAUUUCUUGUCCACCUCGCUUCCAUUCAUGCUACAUGCAUUCAAAAACCUUCAUUGUAUACUCAGUGCCACAGAAGUAUGUUUCAGAAUCACUUCUGAGUUUCCACAUCUAUGUUUUGUCUUCAUAUGGAGACUUUAUGUCUGGCCUAUCUGUGGACACUCACAGGAUUUUUGUCCCCUUUUGUUCUGCCUGUAGAACCGUCCUGAAUAGAGUGAGCAGAACUUAUCUUUGAACAUCAUCCUGAUAUUGUUUCCAUACUCAUACAUAUAAGAAGGGAUUCCUGUUUUGUAAAAACCCGCUCCUUGUACGAGUAAACUUGCACAUUGUAUAGAAUGUGACACUAAACCUUUCUGUAUUAACAUGCAGGUAAUGUUUUCUCAAGAAAGACCCAGUGGGGAAAAAUAGGAAACCUUUUUCCUGUGAGUCUCCUCUGUUUUGCAGUUUGAAAUGGCGCAGUCCAUUUUAUUCUCAUUCUACUGUAUGUUUUAGACCACUCCUAGGGAUGCUUCUUAGGUAUCCUCUACAGAGCAGUUAAAUCUGGGAACAAUUCAUUCCUAUGUUCUUGAAGGCCAGGUGUGGUGGGGUGGGGGCACACCAUACUAUUUUGUGAGUUCUCCCCCUUUCUGUUUUGCUUCUGACAGAAGUCAAAAAUGAGCACUCUGGGCAUAAAUGAUGUACAUCAGCACAUGUGUGCAACAUGUCCAUUCUCUGCCUGCUGUCCUCCAGUCUAUCUUUAUACAUUUCCAUUGAUCCCUCAUGAUCAUAUAUAGGCACUUCUACCUGCAAGUCUACUCCCGUAGCAUUUUUAUUCCCACAGACACACUCACGUUAUCUUCCCACCUGCAACACCUAUUUCCUCCCUCUCUGACCCCAAGGUUGUGUGAUUGUGCCAGCGCUCUUUACCAAAUUCCACUUUCCCUCCUCCUUCCUCACAAAGCCUCUCCUUGAAGCAAACAGGGUUGAAGCGAGGAUGGGUUUAGCAUGUUGCCUCACUAUCUUUUCUUUUUUGCUCUGUUUACUUAUGUUUUCUGACCUCAUCUUGGGAGGUAAAUGGCAGCUGUCUUGUUCCGGCUCUGUGGCUUCAACUCUCAUAUCCCUCCCCCCAUUCUCUUUUUGUUUAGUUGUUUGGGUCCAUAAGCUUUAAAAAACCACUGUUUUGGAAACUGGUGGAGGGGGGUAAGUAGAAGAUAAUGGGACAAUGGGACAGGGCCAGGCCUGGUCUUUAAUUCUGCCUGCCCUUUGCCCCCAGUUUCAAACUUGAACCCCCCUCCUUUUAUUUGUGUGUGUGUGCGCGCAUUUGUGUGUGUGUGUUUUUUACUUUAAUGGAGGUGGAAAGAGAAAUACUGUAGAAAAAGGGUGCAAAAAGAAUGUCCCGGAUCGAAGCUGUUAUCUGUCCUUUUACUCCUUCUGUUUGUAGGUGGAAUUGCAAGGUUAAUACAGCUCUUCCCCCCACCCCUUCCUUUUUUCCCUAUUUCCUGUCUAGUGUCCUCUUACAUGUUUCCUUCUCAUCUCCAUAUUUCUUUCUUAUUGACUUGCUAGAUGGAACAGAGAUUGAAGUUCAGUGGCUUUCCAAGGGGAGCAGUGAGUGGUGUGGCAAGUAAUAGAAGGUUAUCUGGAUUCACAGAUUGACCACCCCCAGAAUAUUUUUCCACUCCAGUCUUUCUCAUUAAAACGAUUUCCCAGAGUCUAGGCUCUGAAAAACCCCUUUUCUGGCCUUUUUCUCUUCUUCUUCACCUCUUUUCUCACUUCUGCCUCCCACUGUCUCUAACCUGGACUGUCAGGGGGCACCAGGAAGAGUCCAUUCUGCAUGUUGGGAUUUGGGAAGAGGGCGAGAUGGUGUGAGACUGGCUUUCAAACUGGUAACCAUAACUUUUAUAAAAUAUAUAUAUAUACUUGAACGUUCAUUUAUUACUAAAGCAUUACUUGAAAAACGCAGCGAUCGGUCGUGGAAUCAGAGGCGAGGUUUUCGGUGGUUCUUUUUUUUUUUAAGCUUCUGUUGGGUGCUCUUUUUUAUUGUUUAAAGAAAAUUGGUUCGGUUUAAUUGUGUUUUUUUAUUAUUAUUUUAAUUUUUAUUUGUCUGAUGAAAUAAAAAAAAAUCCUUCCCUCUCUCACUCCAUUAGCCAAAGAGGGCCAAGGAAUCUUUCCUUUCUCCCCAACUGCCCCCCACUUCUGGACUUUCUCCUUCCUUAGUCACCCUGUUAGAAGUUCCUAAGAAGAAAGUAUUAAGCAUUUGAGAAGUGGGGAAGGUGGCAGAGACUUUGGGGUAAAGAUAUGAUAGAGAUGGGGGGGUCUAUCAUCAUGGGGAGGGAGGGGAGAAAUCCAAUAGGCCUUUCCGUAUCCUUAAAAUGUUGACUUCCCUUCGGGCACAGCGUGAAUAUGUACUGUAUUGCCUUCCUUCCCUUUGGUGUCUCCAGAUCUACACACUCCAUGGUGCAAACCACAAACGUGGGUUGAAUCGCACUAGAGCAAACCCCUCUUUCCAGCUAAACUUGGCUCUGAACUGUCAAAUUCCCCCUCUGUCAGUUUCACUGCAUUUGGGAUGGAGGGCAGCAGAGAACAAAAGAGUAAUAUUUAUAUAGGAGGGGGAUCGCAUUCCCUGUGCCAUGGUGACCCAUCCUUGCCUUUCCUUCUGCCAAGGAUGGUGAUUCAAUAGGGUGCUGUUUCAUACAUAUCCUUUAACAUUUUUUGUUUAAUCUUCCUUUUGAACGACUGUUUUAACUAAGAAAAGAAAAGAAAAAUACCUCAGGUUUAAAAAGAAAUGGUAAAGAACAAAAAUAUCAUCCAAGGGUCUCUUGACUGCAUAGACUGCUGCUUUGAGGGGGGAAGGGAGGAGGACGGACCAAUUUGGGGGUGCUAUCCAUGGCCAGAGAUACGGUUUGGACCCAAGGGGUGCAGGCAAUGAAAUCCCCCUUUCUCUGCUUCCCUCCCCUACACAGGUUUUCCCACUUUACAAUCACUGGAAAGGCAUCCCCUCAUUGACAUGUAGGUAACCGUCUCUCGGACACAAAGGGACUGGUCCUAGAAUGGUACAAGGACACGGAGAAAUGUCUCCUCCUGAAAUUCUCUUCUUGCCCCUCUAUCCUCUCUGAGAUGUUAGCCUUCAACAAAUGCUCCAAGGUCCCCCCUCUCCUCUAUCUGGUCUGCCACGGCAUGUCUCUUAGACACACUACACCAAAUGCAGGGCCUGAACACACUAUAACACAGGUACCAAAUGGGGCUUUCCCUCAACUUUGCAAAUCGGUGCUAUAUUCUCCCCUCUCUUCUUCUCCUCCACAGGAAAAUACUCCCAAGCUUUCUCCUUCUCCAUCUGGUCUGGUCUGUCAUGGCAUGUUUCUUCGACACACUACACCAAACACGGGGCCUAAACACACUAUAACACAGGCAGUAAUACUGACUCCCCACCCCCCAAUUUUAGUAGACUAGUACUAUAUUCUUCCCUCUCUUUUCCUCUCCAUGCAAAAUGCUCCAGGGUUCCCUCUCUCAUCUAUCCGAUCUGCCAUGGCAUGUCUCUUAGACACACUACACUAAACACAAGGCAUAAAUAUGCUAUAUUACAGAUAUCAAAUGGGACUUUUCCCCAGUUUAGCAGACUAAUGCUAUAUUCUCAUUUCCCUGCUCCCGCUCAACAACUAACUGCUUCAAAGUCCCCGUCCCCCCCAAGUCUGCCAUGGCAUAUCUCUUAGACACGCUACACCAAACACAGGGCCUAAACAACACAUUAUAACAGGUAUCAAAUGGGCUUUCCCCCAAUUUAGCGGACCAGUGCUAUAUUCUCACUGUCUUAAUACUUGCCCCCCAAUUCUUCAUGCCUCACAGAACUUGAAUCACACAGGUGCCCACUUCUUACCCAUCCGUUGAGACAGCUUUGCGGGGAGGGAAAGGGAGUAAAUAUAAAAAGGGGAGGGGAAAUCUGGUUUGGAGCAAUGUGUCUUUGGUAGUGUUCAAUCAAAACACCUCCUUCCCGGCCUUUUGGGACUGUUGGGGCUUUGGGGGGCGGGGGCAGGAUUCGGGGGGCCGCAAGAACAGGUUCCGAUCUGAAUUUCAGGGGUUCUGUUAUUGUACAAUAACUGUUUGCUAUAUAAACAAAACAAAAUCUUUGAAAAAAUGAAAUCUGUGUUUUGGUCUUAAAAGCCUGUUUUUGUUUUAUUUUGUUUUGUUUUGUUUUUUUAAUACCCCCUCUCCCACCUGCCCUCCUUUGGUUUUCUUUUCAUUUUUGUUUAAAGAAAAAUGUUGCGAAUAAAACAUGUUGGGGUUUUUUUUAA